AUGGAGGCGGAGGCGCGGGGGGGAACGUGGGACCUGUCUACGCACGCCUCGACACACGACUCGACCCUAUGGGAAGAAGAAGGCAUUUCCUUCCCGCUCUCUCAGCCAGAGCCUACACGUCGGCAUAUUCCGUCCUCCUCCGCCUCGAUUCAGCGCCGCCGGCGGUCGGCAGCCUGCUGUUCGGCUCCCUACAUCGCAACUGGUAAUCAGUGUGGGCUACGCCGUUCUCGGUGUGAUGAGGUGGGCACAGCGUCCCGGCGGAGGCAGUCUCCUCUUCACGAAGUUGCAUCUUGCUGGUCAGUGCAGUCGUGGGCAAGUGCUGCGUGCAAAGAUGAAUGCCCCUCAAAAGAGGAAGCGGAGCAGGCGGCGCGUGACCUGACGGAGGCCGCCAUUGCUUCUGCCAGCGCCUUUGCUGCUGAUGCACGCGCUGUCGAUCCGGCGUCCUACGUAGGCAAGCCUACGGCCUUCCUCUACAGGGGCCACACAGCCCAAAUCGCCACAUCCACCGCCGGCAUGUACGGCGAAAUGAUUGAGAGCUUCAUCAAACAGGUGGUGGCUUAUGCCAAGCAGUACGGUGCCGACCGGUUCAGUGUCUUCUGUGAUCUUGGCAGCGGACGGGGGGCCCCUAGCGCGAUAGCUGCUUACGAACACGACUGGCUUGCUUGUCUGGGGAUAGAAAAAUGCCCACAAGCGUUUGGGUUAUCGCUGGAGACGCAUCGGUGCCUGCUUCUGCGGGAAGCGUCAGCGCGUCUGCGGAAUCGGGACCUUGAUCCAGGAGUCAUGGCCUCGGUAGCGAUGAGUGUUGGGGUGCAGGAGACAGAUGCUGAGACAGAGGCGAAGACUGGGCUGGACAGAGACAUUCAGGAAUUGUUUCAAGCCAGACCUAUGCGUGCUGUGGCCUUUGCCCACGAUGACCUAUCGGCAUUCCUUGACCUAGAAGGCGUUACGCACGCCUACUCCUUCGACGCUGCCAUGGAGGGGCCUUUGAUCAACUUUAUUACCCACAUGUUCAUGCAAACAGAUACUUGGUGGUUUUACCUCUCCUUUAGGAACGACUUGAUUUCUCGAUUUGAUUUGAAAGGAGCGGAGAUAAAGCACCAAAUCAGCAGCAACAUGUGGGUUUCCUCUGAGGGGCGAACUGCAUACGUGUACGUAAAGAAAGACUGGAGGGAACGACAACAGCGGCACCGGAGAUGGCUGCGAGACCAGAUCCUGGCUCCGCAGAUGCAGCAGCAGGAGAAGCAGCAGCAGCUGCUGCGGCAUGUGCGCAUGCAACAGCAGCUUGUUCUGCUCCAGCUGCAACGUCAAGACGCACAGGUUUCCGUAGAUCCGGCAAAAGCUGCUGUCGCUGCCGCGGACCUUGCGCAGAGGACUCCCCGAAGCAGCAGACGAAAUUCAGUUGGGACUCCAGGCCGCCGCAGCUCCAGCAGGAAGCGCUACAGUGCUGCGGCAGAUUCCCUGCAGCAGCAGCACCAGCAGCAACAGAACAUGGUGCUAUUUCACCUAGCAGCGCGACGGCAGCAGCUGCAGGUCCUAGAACGCCUUGGGCCUGAACAAUCGACCUGUAGGAGGAUUUGGGAGGGGCAGCAGCAAUCUCACCUGCAGAGGGGACCGCAAAAGGAACCGCACUCGCAGCAACAUGCGGAUAAUGGGGCUGUGGAUGAAGACGGGGCGCUUCUGGAGCAGAUACGUGCAUUCCGCACCACCCAUUUGCAGCUUUCCAAGUGGCAUCAACCUCUGACUGUGCGCAGUCUGCUACUGGCUGCUUUGUUGCCAUUUGAGGGGCAGAACCAGUGGCUGCAGCUGCAGCAGCAGCUAUUGCAGCCUGCAUCUGGUGUAUUGACAAGGGCGCAACGGCUGCAACUGUUGGGCUACGACGAAGCCGAACGGAAAGAGGAGGAACUGUCAAGAGACAAAUGGCUGGAGCAGCUGGCGGCAGUGCCCAGCCCUGAAGACGCAAACGCUCUAAGAAUAGACAUUUACACGAGACUCAAAGAACAGCGGAAACAAGAUCGGUCCCUCUUCACCUUCUUGCCCCCCGAAAAAGAUGCCAGUGCAGCUUUCAGCGGGGAUGGGGCGCUUCCAGACGGGGCCUCUCUUCGCCUGGGAUUCCGUCACAGCUUGAAAGAGUUGCAAGAAAGGCAAUCGCCGUUGCGCUCCCCGCGAUGCCGCGGCUCCCGAACGCCCACAGUCUCUAGGGAGCAGUCUCCUGUCCGUCGGUCUCGCGUGUGGGACGACGUUGCAGAGUCAGGAGAUGUUUUGCCUCACCCGAACAGGUUGCCUAGGCGUACCAGCCGCACUCCACCCCGGCAAUCCGCCAGGCGACGACCCAGCAGUCAGUCUUUUUCGCCUGUAGCUUCCCGCAGGCGCGCUUCAGGUUUCGCUGCUGCGGCUGCUGCUCUGAGUGCUGCUGAUGCAGCAGCAGCAGCAACGCCGACCCGCCCUAAAGGGGCAGCGUUGGCAGCUGUCGGUACACCGAAUAGUUGGCGGGCAGUUCAACGGGUAGAGAAAGAGUUCGAAGGUCUCGUCUUCGGGGGACCAGAAGACGCCUUCAGCAGCGGCUCGUCCCGCUUGACGAUGUCACAAGAUAUGUCCUAA